GCUACAAGGCAGAAAACGCCGCACGUAUGCGCUGUGUGAUUUCUUCUGCGUGCACUUACCGCCACGGGAGUGCAAUAUGCCAGAAAAAGGCUGGCCGCGGUAUGCAAUUGAGUACUCGGAUCGGGCCACUCCGCAUGUCUGGCACACUCUGGGCAUAUGGCAUGCCCUGCGCCCAGUCCAUCACACUUCCAUGCUGCAAGAUCAAUGUUUCGAGUUAUUCUGUGAUGCCUCUAGGUGGAUUGGAUCAUACAUACUUGCAGGAUCCACGCGUUACAAUCAAGUCACUGACGAAGAUGACGAUAGCAACGCAAUCACCAUGGGCAAUGCAGAACAGUUCCGGAGUGGCUCACGAUGUAGAAAGCUGGUAGCGGUAGUACGAAGCAAAUACUUACUUAUAUCGUACUCGUGGUAG